AUGGCUUACAUAACAAAAUAUAUAUAUCAACUAUUGCAUGGUAUUUUCGAGGAGCACAGGGAUCCUCGUGUGCAACAUUUACCGCUUGUGGGCUCCCCAUUUCCUGUCUUCGGCGUUAUUGCUGCCUAUUUAGCCUUUGUUUUGCAUUAUGGUCCCAAAUGGAUGGAAAAACGGAAGGCAUUCGACUUGAAAAAUGUGAUGCGCGUAUAUAAUGCGAUACAAGUGAUAGCCAAUUUCAUUAUAUUCGUAUGGGGCAUACCAAACUCGUAUUUACGCAAAGAGUUCAGCUUAAUAUGUCAGCCGAUUGACCCCACCAACACAGAGCCAUGGAUGUGGAAAUUAAUUUAUCUUUCCUAUGCUUAUUACAUUACAAAGUACUUGGAUUUACUUGACACGAUUUUCUUUGUGUUGCGCAAGAAGAACAAUCAAAUCACCUUUCUGCAUGUUUACCAUCACGCCGGCAUGAUUUUCGGUGUUUACGUUUUCGUGGCUUUCUUGGCAGGCAGUCACAGCACUAUGUUGGGUAUUAUCAAUCUGCUCAUUCACACCGUUAUGUACUCCUACUAUUUUGUGACUUCGGUGUGGCCGGCUAAACAAUCCGUUUGGUGGAAGCGUUACAUUACACAGUUGCAAUUACUGCAGUUCGGCUAUUUGGUUAUACACUUUGCGAUGGCAAUUGUGUUCAAUCAUUGCCAACAUCCGGUGCUGAUCUCCUUUGUCGGGAUCACACAAAACGUUUUCAUGUUUGUGCUAUUCUUUGAUUUCUACUACAGUGAGUACGUAAGAAAACCGAAGUUGUUGGCCCGCAAUGAGCAGCAACAGCAGCGAAAGCUACAGAUAAAUGCAAAGGAGGCAGACCAGGCCAAAACGCGGUCUGCACAGACGGACAAUGUGCAAGCGCACAUCUUAGCUUCGAAAGACGACAAUUCACAAUUCGAUCGGCUGCAACAGGCACGCGCCACACAAGCGGCCGAGCAAUUGAACUCAUACAGCAAUACGGCGACUAGCAGAAGCAAGCUGCAUUUAUUGCCAACGUCUAGUCUACUUAAAGCGAAAUGCAGUUAA